UCUUCCGUAAAAAAGUUGUUUGCUUUGAUCUUCUGUGUUACAAUGGAGAACAUUUCUCUGAAUGAUGAUGAGUAGUUUCAAUAAUUCUGAAAUAAUUUAUAUGGGUCUACCAUUUCGUUAGCUAGCUAUUUGAGCAUUAAAGUUUCGCUUUUUCUUCUGUUUCUCCAUGAACAUUAAUGAUUUCAAUCUCUGAGAUUAAUGAUUUCAAUCUCUGAGAUCAAGUUAGUGAAUUGUGUGUCAAAUUAAACCCAUUCAAAAUUCGAUUUUGAUGCUUGUUCCUGUUUGUUUCACCAACUCUUAUAUCGGAGUUGUAAGAAGCGAAAAAUGCUUCUAAAUUUGAUUCAUUCUCUGUGUUUUCGUUGAUUAAGAAGAUUCCUCUGAAUUUUACAUGAUUCCGAAUUUUGCUUAAGAUCUAGACGUUUUAGUUGUUGUUUGUUAAUGCUAAUGAGGUGAUUCUUUUGUUUCCACUUUAUUCGUGCCUGUUAAGUCUCUCUGGAAUUGCUUUAUGGUCAUUGACCUGGCUUUAUCUGGUGGUGUUGUACUGUUGUGUGUCUUAAGCCGUAAUCUGAUAUUUUUGUUUUGGUGUCCAGAUUUCUCAAACGAGCGCAAUAAUCCUUUUCAAGAUAUCAAGAAAGAAAAAGACUUUGGCUGAGCUUAGAGAGGAAGAGAUUAUGCUCUUGAAGGAAAGUAAAGGCCUGGAAAAUGAAUUGGCAAGUAUGCGUGAUUUGGUCAGAGCAACAAAGAGCAAGAAACAAUGGUCUAAAUAAGAUGAAGGGUGUACAUAAAGAUGUAAUUCCCUGUGAUUCAAGUUCCAUUUACUGUUAGAGAGACGUUUCCAAAGAUGGUGAUGGAGGAAAGAUCUGGUCAUACUGCUAACAGAGUUGGGGAAGUCCAAAUGGGUAAUGGUCAUAAGCGUGAAAGAAGUGAAGAUUCAUCCAACAAAAAUGUUAAUAUAUGUGUGGAGACUGAUAAACAGGAUCUGUUGUCAAACAAAGCCCGAAAGAAGUGGGGCUUUGAAAAAUGUGUCAAUCUUUCAGCUGUGGAUUCCUCAAGUUUCAAAGAAAUGAUGACUGUAGGUGGUGGUCAGAUGGGGCUUAAGAGCCCUGAUUCUCAUCAUUUAAAUGGAUGGAGGCUUCAAGAUGCAUUAGAGGAAGUGCAAGAUCGUGUGAAGAAGAUUAAAGAUUCGUGGUCGAUCACAGGAUGCAGCAUCUUGUUGGAUGCUUGGGUUGACAAGAAAGGCCGCGAUCUGGUUGCUUUUAUUGCAGAUUGUCCAGCGGGUCCAGUGUAUCUGAUAUCAUUUGAUGUUUCAGAUUUUAAAGACGAUGUCACUGCCUUACUAUCGCUAGUAAAUGGGCUUGUUGAGGAAGUUGGAGUGCGUAAUGUGACUCAAAUUAUUGCAUGUUCAACCUCUGGUUGGGUUGGUGAAUUGGGCGAGCUAUUUGCGGGUCGUGACAGGGAAGUUUUCUGGUCUGUGAGUGUAUCCCAUUGUUUCGAGCUUAUGCUGGCGAAGAUUGGGAAAAUGCUUUCCUUUGGAGAUAUACUUGACAAAGUCAAUAACAUCUGGGAGUUCAUCAACAACAAUCCCUCGGUUUUGAAAAUUUUCAGAGAUCACAGUCAUGGUAUAGACAUAACAGUCUCCACCUCUGAGUUUGAUUUUGUGAUGCCAUAUCUAAUUCUAGAGAGUAUUUUCAAGGCGAAGAAAAACUUGACAGCCAUGUUUGCUUCAUCUGAAUGGAAUAAAGAAGAGGGCAUAGCGAUAACAAAUUUGAUGAAUGAUUCCUCUUUUUGGGAAACAGUUGAAAGUGUUCUGAAAUGUACAUCUCAUCUGAUUCGCGGUCUGCUCUUGUUUUCAACUGCCAAAGAUCAGCAUCUUGGAUAUAUUUAUGACACUAUGGACAGCAUAAAGGAGAGUAUCGCGAGAGAAUUCAAUCAGAAGCCACAAUUUUACAAGCCGUUAUGGGAUGUGAUAGAUGAUGUUUGGAACAAGCAUCUUCACAAUCCUCUACAUGCUGCUGGUUACUUUCUGAACCCGACUGCUUUCUACUCAACUGAUUUCCAUCUUGAUCUAGAAGUUGCCACUGGUCUUAUCUCCUCUCUGAUUCAUAUGGUAGAAGAUUGUCACAUUCAAUAUAAAAUUUCCACACAGAUUGAUAUGUACAGACUCGGUAAAGAUUGUUUGAACGAGGCGAGUCAAGCUGAUCAGAUCACUGGAAUCUCUCCAGCUGAGUGGUGGGCUCAUAAGGCGAGCCAGUACCCAGAACUGCAGAGCUUCGCCAUUAAAAUUCUGAGCCAGACAUGUGAAGGUGCUUCAAAGUACAAGGUGAAGAGAAGCUUAGCAGAGAAGCUGUUACUCACUGAAGGAAUGAGUCAUUGUGAACAACAGCAGCUGGAUGAGUUGGUGUUCGUUCAUUACAAUCUUCAUCUACAAAGCUGCAAAGCCAAGUUAAGUGACGAGAUUGUGGUGCAAGAUGUUUAUAUGGACUGACCCGUUCAGAUUUUAGUUAGUAUAUUCAUCAAAGCUCACACCUUUAGAAUCAAUCAAUACUGGUGAAUCAAGCAGCUAUACGCAUCAUUAAUUCCUGUGUGCUUCAGUGAGAAACAUCAUAAUCCCCAGAAUCUCUGGAUGUUUUAGAUCCAUUCUGAGAAAUUUUGGUCUUCUUUUGUAAUCACAGAAUGAAUCGUAUGGGUUAAGUCUUAUUAACAAACUUUGGAUUAA